UCUGGAGUGAAAGCACACUGCCAGCCCAUCCGCAAGUUUCACUACUCGCUGGGACACUAUACACACACACUCUCUCUCUCUCUCUCUCUCUCUAACACACAUACACACACAUAGCGGGAGAGAUGAGCUCUGUCUUUGAAAGAGAAACACUGACUUUCAUCCACUGGAUUUGAGCAACCACACUUUUUUUUGCUCCAUAUGAGGAAGAAAAUCUUGAAAGCACCUUGUCUCCUCUUGAGUCUGUUCACCAGUUUGAAUCUCUGCUCUGGAAAAUUCGGGACGCCGAUAACCGAUGAUGUGAGCAAGCUGGCGUUACUGAAGCAGAAUAUCCCGUCCGAUUAUGAAAUUCCUGUUAGUUACAUUCCCAAGGAAGUGGCUGGCACGUGCUGGGUGGUGUUAAACAUCUAUCCUCUAGAGCAAAGUCUUCGGAAGCUGGCCGGCAUGUUCGGGGCCAUCUCCUCCAACAAGGAAAACAUCAUCGUCUUCAUCGCCAUGCUGAAGAGUUUCCGCUUCACCUUCGACCACGAGGAGCUGGAAACCACCAUGCAGGUCUUCCAGUGUCACUACAGGGAAGGGAGCUUGAUGUCUGGGCUUUACUUCGACUACAUCAAAGACAUUUUACAGGCCGCGGCUCAGGGGACGUCCGGCUUCUCGUGCAAGCCGCCGCCACCGUGCCUCAAUCCACAGCACCCACCAGGGGGGAAGGAAGACGCACGUAAAUACGGCUGGUCCAAGAGAACGCCCGUGCUCCUGGCUCUCAUCCCCUUCAUAGCCUGCGUGGUUCUCAUAGUGUGGCAGGUCAACUCUCGAAGGCGCUUACCGAUGUGCAACACCGAAAACAACCCGACGCCAUCUUCUGACACGGUCCCCAGUGUGUCUGUCUCCAUCCCCCUUCAAACACUCACCCACGCGGCCGACACUCAGCCAGCGGGGGAGGCGAUGCCCGAGCAUGAGAGUGGAUGAAGCACGGGAAUUAAGAAGAGAAGGAAAAAAACUCUCUGCAGGUCGUCCUGUUCUUUGGCAGGAGCCUGCUGGAUGGGAACGAGUGUGGUCUGACACUCCUCCUCCUGCUCCCACUCACUUGAGAGAGCGGCCAUGAUAGAAACUCACCUGCUGCGAAGGAGGGAGGGCAAACGUCCCUCAGGCAUUUCUAACACCCAACCGAGCACACGACAGGUUAUCUGCCAAGUGAAGUGUAUCGUCUCGCCUGUGUAUCUGGCUUCACUAGAGCAGAUCACGUUGAUAUAUUUUACUUUCCCUGUCACUCUGCCCUGGUGCCACUCAGAGGGAUCACCGGGUUCAAGCUGCAAUCAGCAUCAGAGAUCAAAAUGAUAUGACACUAUUUUUGAGGACAUUUCAUUCCGAGAUGAUACACCUGUCAUCAACUUGUCGGCCGCAUCCUGCUCCUGUUUCCUGGUCCUGCAGAGCUGCAUCAGGGGAACAGGCAAAGAGGCACAUUCCUACCAAACCAGUCUUUAGUAAAACAACCCAAUUGCAGCAGCUGCUCGUCUUAUACUUCUGUGAUCUGUGAUCUGUCACAAGCGCGAGAGCAGCUCAACAAGCGUCCCACUUUGUGUGUCAAAGAUCUGACCAGAUGGCAGAUAGCCAUCGCCAGGGGCCCUUUUCAAUCCCGUCAUUGUAUCUCGAAGCUGUUGCCCAGUGAUCUAUAGCUGCUGCUCGGCCUCAGCGGGGUGUGUUGGAGUUUUUAAUUCCUCAUUCACUGAGUCAAUCCCCGUUCAGUCAUGGGAGCAUGAGUGUGAUCACGCUCGUACUGUACACGACAGAGGGAGUGGGGAGCGGGAGACGGGCCGGGCGGGAUGAGAGAGAGUGAGGGAGAUAGGGAUAGAUAGAUGGGUGGAUGGGAUGAGCUCAGCGACGAGCAUAAGGAGCGCUUGUUCUCGCCACAAAAGAACUGGCCGUAGGCAGGAGGAAAUGCCAGUUCCAAACACGACUGAUGUCGGCAGAUCCCCUAUGAAUCAACAGGCGAAGAAUCCCUCCAGACCGCAGGCUAUGUGGCCUCAUCUGCAGAGGAUGGUUAGUAUUUCAAUAACAAUUUUCUGUGCUCGAGUGAUUUACUUCCUAAACACAAUCAAUGAAACACGGAGAGAUUUCCCUUCAUUCCACUGUUUUCCUGCUGCGGACAAAGUUCUACGAGUUCUACUGAUGUUUCUCAUCUGCUCAGUGACCAACCUGUGUGAUUUUCAUUAUUGUAAAUUUUGUGAAAAUGUGCAUUUGUGAAAUGUUUAACUUAUUUUGUUACACGAUACUAAAGGAUUGUGAUUAACAUCUUCAGUAAUAAUGCAGAGGAGGUAGACAGAAUACUGUGAACGCUCAGGGAAAAUGCAGUAUUACUGUGAAGUAAAAUAUGUCAGGGCAAAUAUUUCUACAAUUGUGGGUUAUGUCGUAAAUGCCAAUACACGCAUUCAUCGACCCCCCCACCCCGUCUUUAUAUCUGUCACAUAUUUCAACUUCUGACUCCUUGCUCUUCACUUUAUCCUGAUUUCUGUGACUUUUACAUACACUUUAAUAUUUCCUAUUAUUGUGAAAACUCACAAGAAAAAGUUUUCAUUGUUGUUUGUGCUAUGGCUAAUUAGCAUUUAGAUUUGUAACAGCUUAUAACUAAUUAUCGCUUCGGUCAAAUUCCUCUUUUUAAUGAAAUGUUGACAUUAUUUUGUCUACUCCCUGCUGAUGGCCUAUGAGCAAAACUACUUUGUCAGUGUUAUAUAUGUAUUUGUCAAUAAUAUAAAGAUAUAUAUAUAUAUAUAAAUAUAUGUAGAAAUGUCAUGUUAUUUGGAGAAAUUUUGCAUUACAAAAAGUCUGAAUCUGUUUGUAUAUAUAUUUCUAAUUAUGAGUAUGUUAUUGAAAAGAGCAGCAGCAAAAAGUUCAAAUUCUGAAAGACGUGUGGAGUGAAGUAUCUGGGUUUUGUUAUUGAGAUCAUAGGACAAACCAAAACUUGCAUGUUCAUGCAUUGCAUUGUGAGGUUUUUGUCCUUAGACGGGAUAAAAAAAGAGAGACACAUUUUCACAAAUAGAGAUCUUUGAUUUAUAGAUCAAACCAGUUGCUCUCAAACCACCAGACCCCACAGUUUCCUAUCACUCAUUAAUAAUUAUUGUGGAAGCAAUUCAUUUUU